CGCCGCCUCUACCUGAGCCGCUUCCGCCUGCUGCCUCCCCGCCGCCCUCUCGGGGAGCCCCUGCCGAGCCUCUCCUCCGCGGCUCGGGUGCCGAAGCACCGUGUGGAGGCCUUUUAAGGAGGUAGCUCUGCUGUGGGCGCCCAACAAAGUCGGAGGUAAACCCUUCCUCCCAGCAAUUAAAUGAGAAGAUUGAGACAGAGAGAAAAGAAGCAAAUUACCCAGGGUCGCCUGGAAAGCUAAUGAUACAGCUAGAAGGGAAACUAAUUAAUUCAGAGGUCUGGGCCAGUUCUCUGUCCGUGUGUUGUACUGCCUCCUUUACUUCCAACUGUUCCGAGUUUCCUGAAAAAAACUGAACAUCUCCACUGUAGUUUCCAAUCAGAAUGUGAGGAAAGUUAGUGAACUGAUUGCUGAAAAUGAAGUCAAUGGAGCUAUACUUACUGAAAACCAAAACAACCCUAAGCAUCAAGAGCCUUAUAUCAAGUCUAUCUAGAAGAUAAAGCAGUUACCAAUAACUAAUUCCACAAUGGAACUAUCUUUCUGACCAGGCAGAAAUAUUACAACCUCUAAUAAGAGUUCUUUAAUCAUCAGAAGGAGGGGUAACAGUUUUCAUUGUACACCCAGAAGGUGGUUGCAGGAACUGUUCAGCUGAUCUUUGUAUGGCACUUGGAAAAACAGACAAGACUUCACAGAUUGUAAAUGUAAAGUAACUGUUAUCAGCAUUAAAAAUAUUGGAUACCACGGAUAGUAUAGCUAAAACCACAAUGGUCUCACGGUCCAACAAUAGUGCUGUGGUACUCUGCAAAAAUUUCUGAAGCUCCUUAUUAAAAUGCCCGUCCCUUCCCCCCGACUGGAAAUCUAAAUACUGGUCUAUAACUUGAACUGUAUUGUGUUUUUGUGACAGCAGUAUCUUUUAGGUCAAACAGCUAGUUGGCCCAGGCCAACGGUAUCCCCAGCUGCGUUAGCAGGAGCGUAGCUGGCCAGUGGCGGGGAAGCGAUGAUCCCCCCUGCUCGGCACAGGCUGGAUCACACCGAGAGGCUGCGCCCAGUUUUGAUCCCCCAACAACAGAUAUAGAAAGCGGGAGCUAAUUCAGCAGAGGAGAUGAUGGAGACGGAGCCAGGCUCUUCACCGCGGCACGUGGUGGGAGGACAAGGGACAACGGGCGCCCGCCGAAGCAAGACAGGUUCGUGCGGAGGAGCUUCUUCCCCGUGGGGACGCCGGACCCGAGGCACCGGCUGCCCAGGGAGGCUGUGCCGUCGCCAGCCUGGGGAGGGGCCUUGGCAGGACCCGGCCGGACAAAGCCCUGAGCCACCCGGUCCGACCCCGGCCGACGCCGCCUUGCGCCGUGCGCGGACCCGCCGGGUGCCCCCGGCCCGGCCCGCCCGAGCGCGCCGCCCCCGCACCGCCGGGGCCCCCGGGACCGCGCGGCGUCAGCGCCGGCUGCAGCCAACCGGCGCCCGCCGGGCCCGCCCCCCCACGCGCCCGCCCAGCCUAUAAAAGCCGCGGGCCGGCGGCGAGCGCGGGAGCGGCGUGUGGAGCGGGACGGGGCGGCGGGAGCGGCCUCCUGUCAGCCGCCCCCGCGUCCCCUCCGAGCCGUCGCCCCGCUCACCAGCCGGGAUGUUGCCUGUGUUCGCCGGGCUCUUGCUCGCCGUAGCCGUGAGCGGCCGGGGAGCAGCGGCGGGGGACCAGGAGAGCCCGCCGGGGAGCCGCUUCGUGUGCACCUCGCUGCCGCUGGACGCCGCCGGCGCCGGCUGCCCGCUGCCCUCGGUGCCCGUGCAGGGCGCGCUGCCCCCCGAGGAGGAGCUGAAAGCCACGGUGCUGCAGCUGCGGGAGACCGUCCUGCAGCAGAAGGAGACCAUCGGGAGCCAGCGGGAGGCCAUCCGAGAGCUCACCGGCAAGCUGAGCCGCUGCGAGAGCGCCGACAGCAAGUCCACCACCGGGACGUGGAAGAAGGAGCUGGGCAAGGGCAAGGACACCAUGGGUGACCUGCCGCGGGACCCGGCGCAGGUCAUCGACCAGCUGAGCCGCACCAUGCAGACCCUGAAGGACCGGCUGGAGAGCCUGGAGCACCAACUCCGAGCCAACGUGUCAUAUGCAGCACUGCCUAAUGACCUUCGAGAGAUGCUUCAACGGAGACUUGGAGACCUGGAACGCCAGCUCCUGAGCAAAGUGGCCGAGCUUGAGGAUGAAAAGUCCUUGCUUCAUAAUGAGACGUCAGCCCACCGGCAGAGGACAGAGACAGCCUUGAACGCAUUGCUAGAAAGAGUGUCUGAAUUAGAAAAAGGUAACAGUGCAUUUAAGUCACCUGAUGAAUUCAAAGUCUCCCUUCCUCUUCGCACAAACUACUUAUAUGGGAAGAUCAAGAAGACUCUGCCAGAGCUGUAUGCUUUUACUGUAUGCUUGUGGCUGAGAUCAAGUGCUUCUCCUGGAAUUGGCACUCCUUUCUCCUAUGCUGUUCCUGGCCAAGCUAAUGAAAUUGUCCUCAUAGAAUGGGGGAAUAAUCCAAUUGAACUUCUAAUUAAUGAUAAGGUUGCCCAGCUCCCUCUCUUCAUUAGUGAUGGAAAAUGGCAUCAUAUCUGUAUAACAUGGACAACCAGAGAUGGAAUGUGGGAGGCUUUUCAGGAUGGAGAGAAGCUUGGCACUGGGGAGAAUCUUGCUCCUUGGCACCCAAUUAAACCUGGAGGUGUCCUGAUCCUGGGUCAGGAACAGGACACAGUAGGAGGAAGAUUUGAUGCAACUCAAGCCUUCGUUGGGGAGAUGAGCCAAUUCAAUAUAUGGGACAGGGUCUUAAAAGCUGAAGACAUCAUGAAUAUUGCUAACUGCUCUACCAACAUGCCUGGCAACAUCAUACCCUGGGUUGAUAACAACGUUGAUGUGUUUGGAGGUGCUACUAAAUGGCCUGUGGAGACAUGUGAAGAGCGUCUGCUAGAUUUAUAGCUGCAAUUGUUUUCCAUUCAAGUGCCCCCUUUUAGUAGGACAAUCUUCUGUGCAAUCUAAAGCACUUAUUUUUCUCUCUGCCCUUCCCCAAUCUUAACGCCUCAGAAAAAUAAAAAAAUUGAGUGAACUGCCUCAGUGCAAAGAUAGCUGCUAGUCUGGGGCAUUGAGCCUGACAACAAAAGAAGCUUUUCUUGGCUAGAGCAGCCCUUGCUUGCCAUGGCCUGAUCCAAAAAUAUGCUUUGGCCUGCAUCAGCCUUUUGAUUAGGCCUGGCUUUAGUACAUCAGUUCUUCUGGCAGGGAGGAGGAACAGCCAUGCACAGGUUAAUUAUCAUCUUCCUUUGGAUAAUGUGCAGUGCUGGCAAAGCGCCAAGAUUAACAGGCUAAAUGUGAAUCCUUCCUCCCAGUCUAUCGUUUCCCCUUUGAAUCGAAGCCAUUCUUUUUUAGCCCUUUUUAAAGAAACUACUUAAUCCUUACACUACAGUGGUCAUGGUGCAACUAUGGGUAGAGCAGAAAAGCCACUGUCUGAGUGCAAGGUCUUGCUUUUUAAUUUGCAGGUUAGGAAUCCUUAUUUUAUGAUAAGGAGGCAAUGUAUGAGACAUGCUAUUCUCUUCCAUUUGAAGAAUGGGCUGUGUAAUCAGCAUAGCUCCAUUGAAACAGAGAUGCUUCAGGUAAGGUUCUGUCCCAAAGCCUGUCUUUCGCUAGCCAGGAUCCCAGCGUAGAUGGAUGGAUGAAAGAUGGCAUUUUUAUUUUCUGUAGGCUGAAUGUACUGGAUUCAUAGUGACCUGGCUUGUAAACUUUAUUGUUUCUCUUGCUUUAGUCAAUGUCUUUUUUUUUUUUAAAUAUACAAGCUGUGAUUAAGAGAAUUUCAUUUUGUUUUGCUUUGAAAGGCCUUUUUAUGAGCAAGUGCCAAAGUUCAGUUUCUGCUUGCUGAGAAUUGCUAUAUAUUUUUCCAGCAUAAGUCUUCUGCACUGUUUUCUAUGUUAUUAUAAUGGUCCUGUGUAAUAUGAAAAUGUGCUGUUUUUUCAAUUCUUGUUGACUGUCUCUUCUGUAAGCACUGGGCUGACUAUAUUUUUUUUAAUCAUUUUCUCUCAAUAUUUUGCAAACAAUGUUGCUGUUUCCUUGGCAUUGAUGUGACUACUUGGUUUGUGGCUCGCAGAUAGCAAAUGCACUGUACCGGGAAAGAGUUAAUACUUUUGUUAUUUAAAAGAAAAAUUAUUUAAAGGGGGGGGAGGGGGAAUUUAUAAAGCUAAAUAUCAUAUUUUAUUUUUCAUAUGUUUGAAUUGUAAGAAUAAUAUGGUGACAGUCCCAUUUGUAGGAUAAAGUUACAUAUUUCCAUUAAUAUGUAGUAUGCUGUUCUUAAAAGAAAAUUCUUAUAAUGAACUUUUAAUUAAAAUGCACUGUAAAAAUGA